AUGAACAGCCGUUUUUGUUGUCAAGGUAUAUUAGUAAAUGGGGUGGAUUUGACUAUACAUGCGUUGCAUUUUCUGGGCCGUUGUCCGUUGUCCAUACCUCUUUUUAUAUCUCAUUCAAAUACUCCUAAGCACAUUCACAUUCACUAUUUGAGACGUUUGUUUCCUGUAGAACCAAAGGGGUCAAUUGACCCCUCUCGAACUAGUUCUGCGCUGUUUACCGCGCAACUAGCUACGCAAGUAGUUACGCGGGAGGCGAACGCGGACCAGGUCUUCGUCGACUACAAUGUACUAGUUCUGCAACUAGUUACGCGGGAAGCGAACGCGGACCAGGUCUUCGUCGACUACAAUGUACUAGUUCUGCAACUAGUUACGCGGGAAGCGAACGCGGCGGCAACCGCAAUUCCGUGGAGUUACAGUGCCCACUCAGCUCGUUUUUACCGAGCCACGAUAUGCAAUAAGCACCGAAAUGAAUGUAUUCCGCCUGGCGAUGAGCCCCCCGAAAACACUGUGCGGAAGGCAAUGCAAAGGAUGAAGAAAAGGGUGUUUAAGAAGAAGUGUCUUGCCAAAAACCAGGAGUAGGCUAAGCAUCAUAUAAUUAAAAAUUAUUCGUUAUAAUGAAA